CGAACCAUAACCAUUUCCGACGUUCCGAUUUCUGGCGAUAUCCUCACGCAAGGGUGCCACAGAGCGAUGUGACAUCACCCCGCGAUCCACGUGCUCAGGGCGUGAUGGCGUCUCGUCCUUGCUUCGGGGACAGCUUCGCACUUAGCCCCUCACUUAUCGCUAUAUUAUCGGCUGCCGCUCCGUUAUCGUGGUAUGACGUUGCUGCGGAGGGUUCGACAGGCUGGUGCUAUUCAUGCGUGGGUUCUCAUGAUGCCGACAGGGGUGGUAUCUCGAGACUGCUUCUGGGGCGUGGUGUACGCUGUGGCAUUCGGAAAUAUGCUGGUCAUGGAGAUGCUGGCUUUGUUCGUUGUGGCGAACUGAUGUGUUCAAAUGAUUGCAACAAUUUUGCUUGCGGCGUCGCUUGAUUGGAUAUUUUUGAUUUGCAAGAUGAGUAGAGACUACUGCAUCACGGAGUUUGGAAUGAGUCCAGAUAAAUCAUUGCAUUGAGUAGGUCAAAGUUCAAUGAUAAAGGGCAGGAGAAGUUUGAUGGUCACCGUUUCCGU